CGGGCGGCCCGCGCGUUGUUGGUUUCGGGUUGUCAGGCAGCGGAGGCGGAAGAGCGACCCGAGGAGGAGACCAAGGUGGAGGUGCGUCUGGGCCAUGCCAGCUGUCGCGGCCUGAGCCCCUCCACCCGCCGCAAACAUGAAGGACAGUGGGGACUCCAAGGACCAGCAACUUAUGGUGGCACUCAGGGUCCGGCCCAUUAGCGUGCCUGAGCUGGAGGAGGGAGCCACCCUCAUCGCCCACAAGGUGGAUGAGCAGAUGGUGGUUCUCAUGGACCCAAUGGAAGAUCCUGAUGACAUCCUGAGGGCACACCGCUCCCGGGAGAAGUCCUACCUGUUUGAUGUGGCCUUUGAUUUCACUGCCACCCAGGAGAUGGUGUAUCAGGCCACCACCAAGAGCCUCAUCGAAGGUGUAAUCUCAGGAUACAAUGCCACUGUGUUUGCCUAUGGCCCUACAGGCUGUGGGAAGACCUAUACUAUGCUGGGCACUGACCACGAGCCAGGCAUCUAUGUUCGAACCCUCAAUGACCUGUUCCGAGCCAUUGAGGAGACCAGUAACGACAUGGAGUAUGAAGUGUCCAUGUCCUACCUGGAGAUCUACAAUGAGAUGAUCCGGGACCUACUGAACCCUGCCCUGGGGUACUUGGAGCUGAGGGAGGACUCCAAAGGGGUUAUCCAGGUGGCCGGGAUCACUGAGGUGUCCACCAUCAAUGCCAAAGAGAUCAUGCAGCUGUUAAUGAAGGGGAACCGGCAAAGGACACAGGAGCCCACAGCUGCCAACCAGACGUCCUCCCGCUCCCACGCUGUGCUCCAGGUGGCCGUGCGCCAGCGGAGCCGGGUCAAGAACAUCCUGCAGGAGGUGCGGCAGGGCCGCCUGUUCAUGAUUGACCUGGCCGGCUCGGAACGUGCUUCCCAGACACAGAACCGGGGACAGCGCAUGAAGGAGGGGGCCCACAUCAACCGCUCCCUGCUUGCCCUGGGCAACUGCAUCAAUGCAUUGAGUGACAAGGGCAGUAACAAAUACAUCAAUUAUCGGGACAGCAAGCUCACCCGGCUCCUGAAGGACUCACUGGGGGGGAACAGCCGCACUGUGAUGAUUGCCCACAUCAGUCCAGCAAGCACUGCUUUUGAGGAAUCCCGGAACACCCUGACCUAUGCUGGCCGAGCCAAGAACAUUAGGACCCGGGUGAAGCAGAACCUACUCAAUGUUUCCUACCACAUUGCCCAGUACACCAGCAUCAUUGCUGACCUGCGAGGAGAGAUCCAGCGACUCAAGUGCAAGAUCGACCAGCAAGCCGGUCGGGGCCAGACCCAGGGCCGGAUGGACCGGGGUGACAUCCGCCACAUUCAAGCGGAAGUACAGUUACACAGCGGGCAGGGCGAGCAGGUGGAGAUAGGGCAGCUUCGCGAGCAGCUUGUCAGCGCCUUCCACGAGCAGAUGGAUGUGCGCAGGCGCCUGCUGGAGCUGGAGAACCACGCCAUGGAAGUCCAGAUCGACACCUCCCGCCACCUGCUCACCAUCGCCGGCUGGGAACACGAAAAGUCACGCCGGGCUCUCAAAUGGCGGGAAGAACGGAGGAAGGAGUCCUACACCAAGGACGACAGCGAGAAGGACUCAGACACAGGCGAUGAGCCGGACACCCUGGAGCCGCCCGAGGUGGCCUCGGCCCGGGAGAACAUCGCCGCCCUGGUGGGGGAGCAGAAAAAGCUGCGCAAGCAGAAGCUGGCGUUGGAGCAGCGCUGCGGGGAGCUGCGCGGGCGGGGCCGGCGCCUGGAAGAGACGCUGCCCCGACGUAUCGGCUCGGAAGAGCAACGCGAGGUGCUCAGCCUGCUGUGCCGAGUGCACGAGCUGGAGGUGGAGAACACCGAGAUGCAGUCGCACGCGCUGCUCCGCGACAGCGCCCUGCGCCACCGCCGCGAGGCCGUGCGUCGCCUGGAGCAGCACCGAAGCCUGUGCGAGGAGAUCAUUCAGGGCCAGCGGCAGCUCAUCGACGACUACAAUCUGGAGGUCCCCCGGCACUUGGAAGAACUUUAUGAAGCGUUCCUGCGGGAACUGGAAGAAGGUACUCUGGAGCGCGCUACCAUCAUGGACCGUGUGGCCUCCAGGGCCCUGCAGGACAGCUCCUUGCCCAAGAUCACUCCAGCAGGGACCACACUGACCCCGGACUCUGACCUGGAGAGUGUGAAGACACUAAGUUCUGAGACCCAGCGCCCCCCAAACAACACCCUACCCCCGCUUAGCACAGACGGUGACACCUACCAGGUAUUCAAGGCCAGUCCCCGGGCCUGGCAGGCAAAGAGCUCCUCUGUGCCCACUCCACCCCCCAUCCAAGUAGGCAACCUGGUGACUCAGGAGGUGAGCUCUGGGCACCUGUUGGACACCCAGCAGUUGGGGUGGAAUCCUUCCAGAACAGCCAGCACCUCCAAGAUCACACAGCCUCUGCGAAGUGGGGGUGUCACACCUACCUAUUUUCAAGGUCUGUCCAAUCAGUCACUUCACCCCCAGGUCCCAUCUCAGGACAGCCUGGGCAGCCGGAUCAACUCUUCCCCUGACAGCAUCGAGAACCUGUCGGAGAUCCCUCUGUCCCAUAAAGAAAGGAAAGAGAUCCUGACCCGUACCCAGUGUAUCUCAGUGAAGGCUGCCCAGCGACGCUCACAGGCCCUGGGCAUGGAGGGGCGCCACCUGCUGGCACCUACCACAGAGAGAAGCAGCCUGUCCCUGCACUCACUGAGCGAGGCUGAUGAGGCACGGCCAGCGGGCCCACUGGCCUGCAAACGGCCACCUAGCCCCACACUGCAGCAUGCUGCCAGUGAAGACAACCUGUCCAGCAGUACUGGUGAGGCCCCCUCCCAGGCUGCCGGACCUCGAGGUGACAGCACUGGACCCUGGGUGCGUGGUCAGAAGAAAAGCCCAGGCAAGAAGAGAGAGGAGUCACUGGAGGCGAAGAGGAAGAAGCGGAGGUCUCGGUCCUUCGAGGUCGUGGGACAAGGGCUGUCUCGCCCCAAGACACAUCUCCUGAGGCCCUGUCCCUUGGACAGUAUUUCGGACCACAGGAUGCCAGUGUGCAGUCGCCCAUCCCCUGGUAUCAGGCAUUUGGGAAAGGUCACGCUGCCUCUGGCCAAGGUCAAACUCCCUCCAAGUCAGAACUCAGGUUCUGGGGACCCCUCACCCCUUCCUGUUCCCCCUAACACAGCUAGUGUUUCCAGACGAGCUACUCGCGGGUCCAGCCUGCCCCAUGGCUCAAGCACCCUUGGCAAAGAUGGACGCGUCCGGCAUAACUGAGGGGGCCUUGUCUGGCACCUGCUAGUCUGCCCCCAGGACUGAGUGGGGUGGAGCAGGGAUGGGAGGUGGCUGGGCAGAUGGAGAUCCCCUGGGAGCAGGAGGCUUGGAAGGCUGGGCUCCCAAGAACCCAGAAAUUGUGGGGGUUCUGUGCCACCAGAAUGGGAAGUGAGCUCCAGGGGCAUGGCCUCCCAGCCCUGGACAGAACACUUGCCAAAACCCUGCACAGACCUGGGGCCAGUCUCUGCCUUGAAAAUGGGGGAGAGGGCUGUUAGUGAGUCGGGACUCCUCCGUGGGCAAGGAUGGGGAUGGGGUGUGGGAAAGA